AUGUCCCAAACUAUCCUUCCCGUCAAACUUGAAGCUAUCGCCAACCUCAACCACACCACAGCCGGACAACCACUUAUUGCUCUUGAAUACGAAGUCUCUGUUCUCGAAGAACAUGAGCUCACCACCGGUCCGCUUUCAAUCCUCCAAACAGCUACCCGUGCCCACUCGCAGGUCUUGAUCUCAUGUCGGAACAACCGCAAGCUACUUGCGCGUGUAAAGGCUUUUGAUCGUCACUGUAACAUGGUACUAGAGAACGUCAAGGAGAUGUGGACUGAGAAGCCCAAGGGUGGCAAGGGCAAAGGCGUCAAUAAAGAUCGCUUCAUCAGCAAGAUGUAA